AUUCUAGUCAGUCUAUCCAUACAAUAAAUACUAAGGCCUUUCAUUUUUUGUUAAGACUGCCAUACUGUUUUCAUGUUAACUUUAUUUUGUGGUGUGGUUUCGUCUAUCCUCUGUAAUCUCCCUUUAGAGCGAGUUAUAAACUGGAGGGGGUGUGUCUGGGUGGGAACCAACUCCAAAAUAAAAAUCACGUGUUGGCUCCUGUUUUUUUAAAGUGUCGAGAAACACCGCCCUCCCACGGAGCACGGCGGUAUGGCAAAAAUAACAAAACCUUAGGACUAAACCAUUCACUUGACAACGCAGAGAUGCAAUCACAGAUGAUCAAAUAUCCGACCUAAAUGUCACAUAAUCCUUUAUAGAAUUUGAUAAAUAACACCGCGAUUGUACUAAACAAAUAUAUUGACACGCGUUCCCGUCACAGACAUGUUUGUAAAAUUUAUGAGGAUUGUUUUGUUCCCCGUGCAUAGAAAGAAAGUGGUGCGGUCCACUAGUAUUGAAGGCAAAGCUGAAAAACGGUUUGUUUUCACCGAGCGGAAGAAGCGUUGCUGCCGUUAGACGCUGCAGCACCGAUUUUAUAAACGGUUGUAACAUUUCUUUUAUACCUGGUUGGUUUUCUGACAGCGGUUUGCUUAGCUCGCCAUGGCUCUGUGCGGGGGUGUCGGAGCCAUGGCCUUGCCCAGCGAGCUUAUCGUCCAUAUAUUCUCCUUUCUGUCCGACCGAGACAAGCUCCGGGCCUCGGCCGUGUGUUCACGAUGGAGGGAGUGUCUCUUCUACCCCGCACUGUGGACCGAGCUCAAACUGCGGAUAGGUGGUGGGUGUAACGGCGGCGGCUCCAGCUCCGAGGAGACCCCAAGGCUGGAGUUCCUCAUGCGGAAGUUCGGUUCUUUCGUGCGGGAGCUGCAGCUGGAGCUCGCACCGGUGGAAGGCUACCUUAGCCCUCUGAACAACGACCCGUCGUCCACCAGGAUGGACCAGCCCCCAGGUGCCGACAGCGACCCGCAGCUCUCCGAGCGAUGGAGAGACGCCAUGGCCACCUACUUGGACCAGGUGUUGUGUGUGUUCACCAGCAUCCGCAACAACAGAAACCUGCAGAAGCUGAGUCUGUACGGAGACACCUGCGUUCUCCAGCAGGAGGGACUUUUAGACAGCUCUAAUCUGCACCAAAUUCACCAGGGGGACAAAAAGAUCAAUGAAAUCCAGCAGUUGUUCAUGGAGUUGCUGUCUAAUAGCAGGCAGCUGAGGUGGUUGUCCUGUAGCUUCAUGCUGGGUCUGGUGACUCCCUGCUCCUUAGCCUGUCUGUCAAAUCCUUCAGCUGAGACCCUGCAGCACCUCAGUUUACUGGACCACCAGCUAGGCCCCCUCAUCUCACCAUCAGAGUUGGAUCGGCUAGCUAAUCUUAAUUCUCUGGCUCUGGAUUUCUCUGACUUGACCUCUGAGCUCUGUGGUCUGCUGGCAUCUCCACGCCGAACUCCAUUGCAUCGCCUCUCCUUGCUGCUCAACGGUGCCGCCCUGGAGUUCAAACCAUUAGAAGGGACAGCUACAGAGGACGAUUGGAAAGCACUGGUUCGUGUGAGUGCCAACCUGCGAGUGUACAUCAUGGCCCUGGAGGUUGACAGCUCAGAACUCCUCAGGGUCCUGAAACCUAGCCUUCCUCUGGAGCGCCUCCACCUCGACAGUUACAGCACACUGGUGACUGAUGCCACAUUGGAGCUCAUCUCUCAGCAGUACAAUAAAACGCUGACUCACUUCCUGCUCCUGAGGGAUGACCCCGAUUUCCCCGACCUCAGUGUCAAUCGCAACGAAGACCCACUAGUCCUGUUAGCAUGGAGAUGCACUCAGCUGGCUGUACUGGUGAUACAUGGUUACACUGUGUGGUCCCACAACUUGGUGGCCAUCUCUCGGCUUCGAGGCUCCAGCCUUCGUGUCCUGACUGUCUCUGAGGAGAGCAUCGACUUUGAUCCAGACCAGUCAGUGUGCAUGGAAGGCGACCCGGUCCAUAACCUGGUGAAAGAGGUCUCGCUGGGCCUUGGCCGUGUCUGGCACCCUUGCCUGGAUUCUAGCCUGGUUUUGUCGGAACCCACCCAGCACUUCCACCGCGAGCUGCACGCCUUUAGCAUGGGCAUGUAGGCAAAGCUGGCAAAUCCAACACAUCACAGCCUAAACUGUGUCAAGACCAGCCCAGACCUCUGAGCCAGGCCAAAAGCAGACCCAAGUGAGAAAUCUGAAUCUUAAAGCAAUCUAUAAAGUAAAUUUAUGUCAAGUGAUAUGAGCUGAUUGUUUUUAUUUUAUUUUUAUUUUUUGUGUUUCUUUCACAGGGGUUUUAGUACACAAUCAAUUCUUACCAUUUUCCAACAGAUUCCCUGUUUUUUUUUUUUUUGCUUUGUCUCUUGAUUUUCUUGUUAGCCACUGACUUGGAAAACAGAUUCAGUCUUUGAUCUUUUAACUAAAUUGUCCAAUUAAGAAUAUCCACUGGGUAUCGUAAUUAAAACUUAAUAUUCAUUCAAAGGAAUACCAAUCUAUAAUCUCUGACCACUGACAAGACUUGAGUUAUGACAAUUUUUAAUUUGUCUGCUAAAAUGGGUCAUGCUGCUGGCUGCUGCAUGGUCCAGUCUGGUCUGGUCUUGCCCACAACAAGUAUUCAGAGCUCGAUGUCUCUCCUUUACCUUCAUAACCUCCAGAGCCUCUGUAUAAUGUAAUUUUGGUUUGUUUUUGUUGUUUGUUUUUCUUUUUCUUUUUUAUUUUUCCAUACCUCCCUGCUCUGUGUAUAAUCUUGUUUUUCCUGUGUGGUGGUUCCCUUGCCUGUAUAGGCUUUGUAUGUAUUUAAAUACAGAUAUAUUAUUAUCCUGCUCACAGCUAGAACAGGACAGGCAGGCGGGUUGAGUGAUGGAGCGGUGGGAUUUGGCAAGGAAUGUGUAUUCAGAAGCUAGCGUUAGUUGUGAAACUAUUUUCUUUCUUUCUUUCUUUCUUUUUUUUGAAACAACCUUUGCUCUGUGUCGGUCUGUCUGUCUGCUCCGCUAUUGCAAAAGUUGGAGUUUGUAAACUAACCGAUCAGUCACUUCCUGGGUAACACAACCCUAGCUGCUUCUUCUGUUGCUCUGAAAGAGCACCGCUGUGCACUUGUCCACUAAUUUGAGAGCCUUGCCAGCAGGGUGGGAAUCUCCACUGUAAAAUGGCUGACUGUGGCUGGUUCUAAUCAGUUUUAAUGCAGUUUUCAGCAACAGCUGGUGCCAUGACUCAGAUCAUCUUUAUGUGAGUGGCAUUUCAAAGCCAAAUGAUUUAUUAAGAGUUUUGAGCACCUUACUGAUGGUGUUAUGGAGUAUAUUGUUACAUGCUUGCCGCCAACACACUUCCCACCCUGCUCACUUGUCAGCUUUUAGGGACACCUCACCAGUUGACUGAAUAGGGAGCUUUGUCUUCCGACUGACUUUCAGAGCCAAACUAUGAAAAUUCAGCCCGUGACAAUACAACACACCUGUAACUGUGUUCUGUUUUGAUCUGUAGUUAGCUGGUAGUGAAUCAUUGCAUCUUUUUCUAUAUUCAGGAUGAAUAUAGCUGCCUUUGCUCUCCUCUGGAGGUCAAAACUUUCCAAUUUUUGUCAGUGGUUCCAGAGCCCCUUUGUAUUGAAAUGUCAAGUCAAGAACAGGAGUGUGCGUCAUAAUAUGAAGGGCUCUGAGACCUAAAAAAAUCUUCAAGUAGUUCUGUAUUAUUCUAAAGAGGAAGUAGAUUUUCACUCCAUAAUGCCAUAUAUAUAUCCGUGUUUUGAGAUAUCUCUGUGAUUACUUCUUCCAAAGGCCAUGCUAAAACACCACCAGUAUUCCAUAGGCACAGCUUCCUGAGGUGGCAAAUACCAAACCCAGGUUUUGCAGUCAUGCCAGCAGUACUGUAGAUAGGAACCAGUUGUUUUGGAGUAAAACAUUUCAUGAUUAAGAACAGGGAAAAGCAAAGGAUGCACUGAAUGUAACUUAACUCUCAUUCUGUUGGCCAGUCAGUCAGGUUUUUUGUUUUUUGUUGAAGGCUUACUGUAUCGUUAUAUUUGCGGCAGAAAUUUGGCAGAUGCAGAUCUUGCCACAGCAGUCAGGGUUGCUGAAUAAAUGAGUUCGGACAUUGUAGGUUCUGCUGACAGCCAAGACUGCUUAUUUUUUGAGAAAUGGCACCUACAGCACAACGUGGUUUUGGGUUGUUUGUGGCGAAAAGUUUUCUGUCAGUCUCAGGUAGGCUUUUACCAUCACUAUGACCACAGCUGUGGUGGUGAUGAUGUUGCGUAGGGUGUGUGAAACAAUCAGUUAAUGUGAGAAAUUGUCUUUUUUUUUUUUUUUUUAACUCCUCUUGAGUCACAGUUGCCUUGGAAACAGCCCCUUGUUUUCUGGAUACAGUUGUCAUUGUUGUUGUUAAUGAUGUUGUUUAUCUUGCCAUCUGAUGAGCCCUCCCUCUGCCUUGGUUGGAGGGUCAGCAAACCUAAUCAUACAUUUGUUUUCAAAGAUUAAGGUUGAUAAAGACUAAAGAAUGGCAAAACCAAUCUGCUCAUUGCACGUUUUAUAUCUCCAGUAGAUAUUGUGGGGGACGGAGAUUGGCCAUGGAGCAGUAGGAAAUCCAUCCUGUCGAUAGAGGACCUGCUGGGCCCAAUUAAUGUCUGAACUGAAUGUAGUCGACCUUCGUGGGUGAAAUGAUUCCUGUCUGGCACAGUGGACCUUGUCUGGCUGUGCAACUGGCUUGUUCCUCAGGCAUUGAUUAACAAGGGUGAAAGCAUGACUUUGAUCCAAUCAUAGUCUCUUUCAUUGUCCAGUUCUAAUGUUUUAAAAUCGCUAAGUGAAUACCUUUGCUCUGAUAAAUGAAAUGAAUGUUAUUCAGACUCUGUGGUAGUGAUAUCACACCAUGUUCAUGGCUCAAGCCAGGCAGUGUUGACAAAAUAUCUUGUGCUACAGACAAAUGUGAUGUUGAGUAUCAUCAGGAGAUAACUGGGCCCAGUAUGGUUCCAUCUGAUGCUCCAGUGUUGUGCCUGCUGAGUGGUUAUGACAGCUGUGGUGCACUGGUGUCUUAUGAAGGCAUUUUCUAUGCUGAGUUGGGAUUUUAACAGGAAACUCAAAGUUAGGGUGGGCUGUAGGGCACCUACCUUCCAUGAGUAAAUGCUGUCAGCUAGCCAUUGUUGGGAAAGUUACCCUCCCCAAUAGCUACAGCUCAGUUCAAUCUGAGGUCGGGGCAGUGGCAUUGCAGACUGUGAAGGUCCAUGUUAUUGUCUAUAAUUUACAAGGUUGAAUUGAUUUUUUUCCAUGGACUGAUAUGGAACCGAGAGUUAAACAGCAUGCCAGCACUUUGCUUGGUUCAGAAUGAAUUGGCCCUAGUGAUGGGCCUGUGGUUACCAAAUGUUUGCUCAUAUGUUAAGGGACCUUGAUGGUUUAGCCAUGAUAAUCUCUCUAGUCCUUGGUCCAUAUCUCAGGAUGAAUGCACUUUGGUACCAAGAGUUUCUUUUAAGGCUGUCCGUGACUGUAUAUAGAACUGUACACUCAUACUCAGAGGGGAUAGCGAUACCAACAUAAUACAGUCAGACCAAAAUAUGUUGGUUUUUAUCUUAUCUUCCUCCUACCCUCCUCUAAGUUGUCCUCUCAUCCCUCAUUUUAGAGCUCAAGUUUGUUUCUUUAAAGGUUUGUGUUGUCUAUAAUCAUUGGCUGAUAAGGAGGGAAAUCACAGCAUUUUAUAGUAGAAUGUAAUGUUGAACUAGAUAGUCAUCUCAGCUAAGCAAGCAGACUUUUGCAAACAACAGAUAUUAACAAACUGAUUUUACAGACUCCACCCCCACCCACUGUGUUUGUUUCCUCCAUUGUUUCCUGUCUUCUCAAGUCUCCACGUUAUUAGCUCCACAAUAGAAGUCCGAUUUCACUGUUUGGGCAGGCCAUGGUGGUAUUUCUGCCCACAAUAAGAGGAGGGGCUGUGGUUUUACUAGACUAUGGUCAGCUAGAGCAGAAUAAAAGUUUCAUUUAACUAGAAUAUUUCAAAGGCCUUAGGAUGAGUUGUUUAUCAAAAGUUGAAGGUUUGACUGUUUGCGAAUUAGAAUUAUUCAAGAACCUUUAGGCCACAAAAGUGCAGACAGAAAAAAGAUGUAGAUAAUACACAUGAGAGCAGAAAGACAUUGCAGAACAAUGUCUUUUUAAAUGUUGUUUUUGUUGUUUUCACCAAAAUACACCAAUAUUUUAGCAAUGAUGGCGUGGAGAGAGAGAAGAGGUGAGACAAAGUUCUGCCAGUAAGGCAGUGCUGAUAGGCUAAUAACUUCACAGUCAGAUUAGCUUUUGACACAUUAGGAGCGUUUUUAAAAAUACUGUCAGUGGAAAAUGACCUGCCCCUGAUCCCUGUGUGUCAUCACCAAUAUCUAAACACAUAGCCAUCUUGUGCCUGAAAGCCUCUGGAGUCUCACUGCUUUUCAACCCUUUGCUCUCCCCAAGUUAUUGGCUUUGUGAUGUAUGUUAGUUGUUUCUGUGAUUGUUAGUUCACUCUUUAGAGAAGCGUUAUGACCUACAGUAGCUAGGGGUUUCAGCACACGUGUUUUAAUUUUUCUUGGAGCGUGCCUGUAUUUUCUGCGCAAGUUUUCAUGUAAAACUUUCAAGUGUAUCCAGUAUGUGUGAAUAAGAUGGCGUGUGUGUGUGUGUGUGAGUGUGUGAGAGAACAGGUUAUCAGCAGUGCAGCCAUCGUAUGUUUUCUGCAUGCGUGUGUAUAUGUGUGUGUAUUUAAAAGGGGGCGACUUGCUCAUGUUCAGCAGUGUAGUCUUAUCACUUCUACUGCAGCAGGAAACAGGAACAGAAAUCGUUCGUUCUCAGGGUACAAUCGGUUUUCAAAAGGAGGAGGAGGAGGACAGAAGGUAACAAUAGCUCAGGCCUCUAGCUCACUCAUAUGAAUAUUAGGAGUCACUGGAUCUGUUCUCCUCCCUUGGUGUGUUUAAAGCUGCCAAAGACCACAGUGGAACAAACUUAACCCAGACACAAGUCUAUCUGAAGUGCCCGCAUACACACACACACACUGGCAGGAGGCUGGUCCAGUAUUCUUUCCUACUCUUCACCUCCUUCUAGUAUUUUCUCUUUUAUCACUUCUUUCUUCUUCCCUAACUCCUUGUGGUUGCAUUCCACUCUUGGAUUCUUCCACUGACUACUACCCCUCUGUUUUUGUGUGUCCAAACUCUGGCCUUGUUAUGCUACAGACCAAACUGUGCUGGACUAGAUGAAAUGUGUCAUUCUGUAGAUGGAGUGAAUACAGACCAAAACAGACCUGCGCACAAUGGUUUGGCUAAUGUUGUGUUAGUGGCUGCACCCUAUGUUAACAAAUUUAGGAUUUCACACUAGCGGUAUAGAAUGUGUGUUAUGGAAGCCACAGUUGGACAUUUAUGUCCAACAUGUGUUACUUAAUUAGGGUGAGCAGCAUUGUUGCACAGCUUGUACAAUGUGGCCAAAUUCCUGUCUGUGAAUGGUACUCUCUAUCUACAGUGCAUAGUGGCAUCAUAGAGCAAAGUAAGGCCUUUCUUGUCCAGUGCAGUACAGUUCUGCAGUAUGACAGAGGCUUGAGCAGAGCAGACUGGAGUUGGACUGUGUCAACACCACCAUAUUCCUCUCUCUUUCUCUUUCAUCCAUCACCUGUUUCACUGUGAGGAGUGAGUGAAUGUAAAACUAAAGGCGAGGAGGACAAGAGUUUGGUUCAAUCUCAGAAAACGUCAGGAACUAAACACUCCCUCAGAUGCUUCCAGAAGCUACUUUCUGAUAGAUUGUAGCUUUCCAACUACGAUAAAGGCCACUGUGCCUGAUGUGAUAUGUUGUAUGGCCAAGGUCAGAUUUGAUGGGAAGUGUUUGGUCCUGGGCUUUCAGAGCUGUAAAGAUUUGCUGCUAGAGACCUGCUAGAAACAGGACAUUCCACACAGGGGGUCGCUCAGGCCAUCUGACUAGCAAACAGUUUACGACAUGGUGAGUGUCUGCAUGAAAAUUAGACUCUCUCUCUCUUUUUUUUUUUUUUUUACCUUUUGAAUUGUCUGUUUUUGAAGGGAUUGGGGAUGCAGCUAGUACUGACAGUCACACCAGAUUACCAGCUGGUCUGAGCACAGAGGAGGUGUGAUACCAUUUAGAAGAGUGUUGCUCUUUCAAAGGUCACCUGUGUUUCUAAUGUGUAUUUCUGCGAUGCCAAGCUUUGCUUUCACUCGAUGCUUCAGCAUCCUGAGGCCAUUUAAGGGCUUUUUGUGUCCGGUACACAAAAGGUCACAAGUGAAAGCACUCUACACUGACUGUGCUAAAUAUAAGGACUACCUACUCUUUCUUUGAAAUCAGACAGUUUCACUCAUUAAAUCAAUCUUCCAGUUAAAGAACGUCACAAUGUGAUAAGAGGAGCUCAGUCUGUAUAUUUAGCACACACUUAAAUACAUGCAGAAGACACAGUACAUAUUCACUAUGUAUACACAGGGCCACCUGGAGGCUGGGCUGGACUUAUUUAUACAGCAUAUACAGACAGAGGUUUGUGUAUAACUAUACUAUACUGAGAGUGAUUGACACACAGCUAGCAGAGCCUUAUUUUUAAUGAGUCCUGUUUUAUGACAGGUUUGAAGGCUCUAGAGGGGAGAUGAGGUGUCAGUCAUUCAGGAGACCAUUACCAGCAGUUACUGUACAUUCAUGUGGUUGCAGCCAUUUUGAUCUGCCCUUUUGACUUAUUUGUUUUUGGUUCUUUUUGCUCAUUUUUUUUCUGUACUCUUUAUAUGCAUUUAUAGAGAAAUCCUGGAAGAUAGCAGGGCCCAUGUGGCCUGAUGGGUAAUUGAAUCCACAGAGCUGGCCUCUAAUAUAGUCCAUCUGAGACAGUUGGCCUUGACAGCUUAUUAAAACUGUGUCUUGAUAACAGAACUGUAGAUAUACAGGGAGUGUGUCUGUCCUACCAGGCUCAUAAAGAGUUGAGUUUGACACUUCUGUGCUAACACUUAACAGCCAAUAUUAAUCCCAUUGACAUGGAUAGUGUGAGCGUGUGUUAUUUUAGUACCAAAGCAGCAGACUAUGUCAGAUCUGCAUCAGUCUAAACACAGGCUCAGAGCCAUAGACACACACAUCAGACAUGACCAGUUUCAUUUCCACUUUAAUCAUUGCUCAGACUUUGAUGCCAACGUGAGUUUGUGAUCUUGACUCUCAGGAUAUUUGCAAUGAUUUGGAAAGUGAAGUUAAAAAUAGCUGUAGAAAAGAGGUAGUAAGAUGGUUCUGGGCCUAAAACCUUCCCUAAAAGAGAUUUGAGGGAAGGCUUAAAUGUUUGAAAGGAUUACCAUUAAGAGACAGGGUUUCCUCAUCACAAUGUGAGAUUUCAGACUCUUCCUGUCUGUUUUAUUUUUUUACCUAAAUGCUAAGACCAUAGACUACUACCAGUACAUGCAAGACUCUGAAUGAGCUCAACAGGGCUGGACUCAGACAGGAAUGUGAAGAAUCUGUGAACAUCCUGAUAUAUGUUUCUGUUACUUGGAGAAAAACACUGGAGGUGCAUUGCACUGGUAUAAAAUCAGUCCUGUGUAACAGAUAUAGAUAGAUGUGUAUGAGGCCAUUUACAAUCUCAGUGAAAGGGAGGUUUACACAGAGCAAGGCCGCAGCUGGCCGCACUGACAACUUUAGAGGAAGUUUGGAUUCUCUGGUUUUCAGUUUUAUCCAUAGCUGACCGCUGCCAGCUUAUGAUGAUGAUCCCAGCAUGACUGGAACAUUAAGGGCAUCGUCAUAUACUCUGUAGUUCUAGACAAGAAACAACAAAAUGACACUGAUAGUAUUACCUGGCCAAACUCUGUCAGUAGCUCUGGUGCAUACCAUGGAGACGGGUGUAGCACCGGGCUAUAUCAAGGAACUGAUAGACAUUCAUGCUCAGUGUCAGCCAACUAUCUUCAUUUAGAUCUCAGCUACUGUGGUUCUAAUGUUUCUGGCUGGUAAACAAAGUCUUUCUUGUCAAGUCUGGAGAGCCAAACCUCCUAAUUAGCCAGGCAGGCAGGCCUGCUGCCCAGUCCAGCCUCACAACUAUGCAAGAGGAAUGCAUAUAAUCCACACUCUUCUAUUUUUUUUUUCCAGUUUUUAUAUUUAGUUUUUCUUUUUCUCACUGUCACGCAGUAGAUAUGAAGACGUAAGCUAAUAAGAACUUGCAAUGACAAUACUUGGCCUUAUGAUGAUUUAUGAAAUCUUUAUCAUUUUAAGAUCUUUUGAUUCUGGUCAGCCAGCCCAGCGACAGCAGCGGUGACGGCGGGCUCACUCUUGGUCUCUGUGAGACUGGCUAGACGGCCCCAGUUUUAUCGUGGUACGAAUGUUGUGCAUUUGUUUAAAAUCAGGACAGUUUGCAAUAACAGCAGUCUUACUAGUGGCCACAAAGGGGCACAAGCAGUGCUGACAGCGCCUGGCUGCGUCUUUAGAAAACCAUAGAGGAAGAAAUAUAAACUAUAUAAAUAGAUAUAUAAACUCACAUAGUGCAUAUUUGUAUAGGUAUCAACAAUGCAUUAGCGUGGUAUACUCUUAUGCAACACAUGUCCGGGUUCAAUUUCUGAACAUGAAGUAUAUUAUGAAAUCACACAGACUUUGUAAAUCAGAAGCUAUGUUGUUGUGUGUUUUUUGCAAAAAUGGUUUUACCAUCCUCAAUGUUGAAUAUUCAGAGCGUUAUGUUCCUGUGUGAUUGUGGUUGUUAAAGUGAGCACAUAGCAGUGGGUUUUACCUCCUUCCUGUAAGCAGGGAACCAGACGUAACCCAAAAUCCAGCUGGACCAGAUUUCAUAUACCAUGGAGCAUAUUUCAGAUGCAUUUUAUUAUCUUUCCAAAAUGUACAAAUCUGAUCUUUACAUGGCUUUUAAAAUAUCUGAGUCUUGUCUCUAAUUUAUGUCUGCAUGUUUCAAACACAACAAGGUGUGGUUCCAGAUAAUCUGUGACUCAACAGCAAGGAUUAUGACUUGUUAAAACCAAGCAAAGGUUGAGUUCCACUACAAGGAGUCCCCACUAGUGUCCAUGUGAAAAAGCAUUUUAGUUGUGAACCUAGCUGAACUUUGGCAAAUUUAAGACUGAAAUCAAUCAUGUAAAACUCUUGAUUUGAAAUCGUCCCAGCUGUUUAUUGGAUUAGUCUGCAGGGAAACAGUCCUCUCCGCUGAGAGGACAGAUUUUAUCAAUGAGAACAGUGUUGAUCCAUGGUUCUGUUGUGGAGAAAAGAGAGGACAGAUUACAAACCGCCAUGUAAAACCUCUUAACUGACAGGUGGCGUACACUUGAGGGGUCAACCUGCCGAACGUUGAUUUGAAUCAAUGUUGAAUGAAUGCUUCUCUUCUUUUAGUCAAUGAAUAAAAGCAUUAAAAAGA